AAUCAUAGAACACAUCAAGAAUUUGGUUUAAAUCACAUUUGCUUCAAAGUCAGUGAACCCAAGCGUCUCCAAUAGCCUCUGCUACAGUUAUCUUUAACAAAGUACGAAGCAGACGUCCACACGCUGCUGCUUUGCUAAAGCGAACGUUUGCCGUCGGCAUGUCCUCAGCAGUCGACUUACCGGAGGUCGCCUGGGAGCAUAUCUCUACUUUUUUAUCCGCGCCCGACGUGUUGAGUUUACUGAGCACGCAUCGUUCCUUAUACAGUAUCGGUCUCAAUCCAUCCUUCUGGGAUUUGCUAACCCGACGUGAAGGCGCCGAGCGCCAGCUUCUGUCGGAAACUCCCGGUGAUAAAAGUCGAUCGCCCCCGGCUGCACGUGCCAAACGCCGGUUUCUUCGAGCCGCCUACUGCCAAUCUUUACCAUCUGUCCACUGGAGUGCGGUCCGUUCUCAUCCAAAAGACCCAACUGCACCGAGCGCUCGUGAAGGACACGUCAGUUGUGUCAUGGGCGAUAAAGUUGUGGUGACGGGCGGAUUUACCGAGGACGCUGCCAUCUACGUUCGAGAUCUGCAACAUUUCAAGAACGGCGAAUGGGAGCGUAUUGUACCCGAGGGGCAUCCAGGAUUUUCCUACGGUUCAUCUUUGACUGCUCUGGAAGAGCAUCGAGCUGUAUUAUUUGGUGGCUUCCUAAGCGGCGGAUAUGCCAACGAGACCGAUCGCGUUGCGAUUCUGACGUUGCUAAGGAACGCUGAGGACGGAAUCUUGAACGGAUCUUGGGAGAUCAAAACGGUGCUGCCUUCUUGCGCGACAUUAUUCCCAGAACAAAUUCAAAACUGGCAACUGAGUUGUGCGCGGGCCUAUCAUUCUGCAACUUUGCUAUCAAAUCGGUAUUUGUUCAUAAGCGGCGGCAUGCAAACACGAGGUUCUAUUUUGAAUCCUUUACUUUUGGACACGUUAACAUGGACCUGGAUUGACAGUCAUUCUAUUACAACGGGGAUUUCGCCGUCUCCCCGGUUCGGUCAUUCGGUUAUCCUCGAUGAAGCCCGUUCACGGCUAGUCCUAUUCGGUGGUGGAAAUGGAUCCGAUUUAUUGCGUUCCGGUCGAGACAAUUCAGAAGUGUGGGAGUUGCGUAUGAGCACCUUCUGGCGGAGAGGCUUAAUCGAAUCGCUACCCUGGGAUUGGCGUUUGCUGCAUAGAAACCAUAACGAAAAAUCUGAGGAUGAAGAUGACGGUGCAGAAAAUAGAGAUGCUGGUAUCAAUAUGGCGGCUAUGAAUGAAGAUAUUGCCAAUACUCUCCGGCCAUCAGAAAUCCUAGUGUUGGGACGUUGUCACAUCUCCCACAGAAUAUCUCGCGACACGGUUUUACUUGCGUUUGGAUCUGGCCGUCCGUCGACUAACGGUAUAUUGGCCUUUGAUUUGAUGACGAAUACGUUCUUUCGUCCCGCUGUUUCCGGAAGCUUGCCACAACGACGUUUUACAUUGACAUCGAUGUUUCUACCAGCUCAGGCCUGUAUUGUUGUGCAUGGGGGCUUUGGCCCGAGACAUGCCAGCUCUUCAGUCGACAUGCGUAUACUGGAUUUGGCGCCUGCAUUGAAAAACAAGAAUUUUGGAUUCACUUUGGACCCACACGGGCGAUCAUACCUUCCUGUUCAGGAUGCCGACAUGAUGGUGGAGCGGAGUUCCCAGGCAAGCUCUAUCAGUGGUCUGCUUACGAUGCUGAAUGGGCUGGAGCCAGGCGCCCGUCGUUUAGCGGCAGGACAGCUGUUGAGUCAAAUGCAAGACAAUGGACGUAGCAAUGGACGCGGAGCCGCUUUACUCAGUAUGAUUGUCGAGGGAACCGCUAGAUUUGCGAUGGACGAGGAGGAAGACAAUAGUGCAGAGGACGCUACUUGAUUGCCUGCGAUAGAAGUAUCGGUAUUAUACAAAAUGUAUGGAUGCAAGAGGGUAAUGCAUUCAUAUGUCGAACAAAUCAUAUAAAUUUCAAUUUAUGUAUCUUACCCCGAAGGAGGUUUAUAGCCACCGGAAGCGGGAGCUACUGUAGUUGAAUGAAUAUUUGUGUACUCACUCAUGAAGAAACGACGGCUGGCCAAGUCAUGGGGUUGGCGUCGAGGCGGAUCGGUUCCACUCACAAAACCCACCAAGUAAAGGGAAUUGAAUACCCAGAUGCUACCAGCACGCCCGGACGACCCACUAUCGUCCCAAACCUUGUUAACGUACGUACUCUCUUUACACCAUGAUUUGGGAACGCAACGCAUCGCUUUGACGUCUGGUUGUUUGUCUUCUUUGGAACCGAUGAAACCCAGCGCUACAAAAUCGUCCCCAGGUGGAACAGGUUCCCAAGCAUAGAAAUGGUUGCUUCCGUGCGUUAGGCUCCAGGCUAAACGAUAUCGAGCAGGAUAGGGCAUGUACUUGUCUAAGACGUGGGGAAGCCAGCUACUACCUCCUACCCAACUACCAGACGUGUCGGUGACUUCCAAAAACAGGCGCUCAUUGCUGUCUCGAUUUGGAUUAUCAUAACCAUGGCCAGCAAAGUGUCCAAGCGAAAUCGAGACCUUAUUUUGUUUCAAACUGCUGCUGGCGUGCGGUUCCCAGACGCUAGUUUUAUAGCGACUCAUGCUUCCUUGGCUGUUCCAGACCAGGUUGAAUUUUGAUGCUUUCUUAACCUUCACUUUUAUUGAGCCCAAAACGGCCGGGGGGAUCUUGACAUCUCGUUUGCUGUCGUCAUCAGAUGGCAUAGGAGGUAAAGGCAAACCACCAUUAAAAGUUGCCAGUGAACUUUGUAGAUUGCCGUCAUCUUCAAACCCAACCGCUCCCUUGAACUCGUCGAGGCUGAUGAACCCAUCUUGAUCGUGAUCGAGCUCUUUCAUAAAUCCAGAAAGGAGAGCGGAGUCUAGCUUCAAACCCAACCAUUCCAUACCACGACGAAGAUCUUCGCCGCUAAGCAAUCCAUCGCGGUCACGGUCAAUGGCGCCGAAGGCAUCUCUAGGAAACAUUCCUCUCGAUUUCAGCAAUGCGGUGAUACGCCCAGCAGCAAUCUUAUAAUUGAGAAGAUGGUGCUCGUCAGCAGUGAUGAAAACUUUGGAAAGUGCUGUGGUCGCCGGAUCGAUAUGCUUCCGGCGGCGAUUGCUCCGAAGCUCCACAAAGUAGUUGUAUCGCCUUUCCAAAUCAUUGUUUUGCAAUGCUCGAAGGAGAAGCGUAACUUCGCGUGGUUGAUAGUUGACCUGACUGUCGAUAAAGCGGAAACAAGAGUAGGCUGUAGAGUGCUGGAAACUUUGUGCUGGUUCGUACCCGUACGUUGAGUCAAGGAGAGUUCGUUCUGUUCGAAGCGCAACGGUUGUAUCCCUACCAGGAAUAAGUGGCAAAGCCGACUGUUGGUGUAAUACUGCACGCAUGCACUCCGCCUCGAACAGAGACAUGAUCACGUAAUAGCGACCAGCCUGGACUCUGUAGAACAUUCGUUGUGUAAGAUAAUGUUUUAGCUCGUCAAACGUAAUAACACGGUUCUGAACAUCUGGCAUUUGCUCAAAGAACCGGUCCCCAUCUUCACCGUCGACAUCAACAUCAACCGCUCGCAGCACCUCCUUCAACUCCGUAACCGAAAUCGUUCCAGAACUGUCACCAUCGGCUCCAAGAAACGCACGCUUCAAAGUCUUCUCUUGAUCUACUGUAAAAGGCUUUCCCACAGCUGCAACUUCCUGUAGCGCAGCCUUUGAUGGAGUAAAGUCCAUAGUAACAAUGACAUUCUUCAGUCGUCGAUGGGUCUUUGAAGCCCAUUGCUUCUCGUAGUAGUUGCGGGAUACCAAUAGAUAGUCAGGAAAUUCUAGGCCAAUUGCUUUUGAAAAAAGGUAAUUCUUCACAGUGAACUGCGAAGCAGGAUAAAAUGCCUUUUGCCAAGACUGGAUCUUCUCUUCGCCGUCUGCUGUUGCUUCCGUUCGAUUUUUUUUGUAGUUUGGAUCCACACCUUUCAAUGUUACUGAAAGCGACUGGACAGGCCAAGCCACAGGACUCU